CAUUUCGUACGAUGUUAAAUCUUUUUUUAAAAACGGAAAUGUAUAUUCGGCACGGAUUCUAGAAUUCAGAACAAAUUCGAGGAAACGAAGGAAUAAGAAACAAUCGUCCCUAAGAUUUCGAUGAGCGGUAUUCCUAAAAUGGUAAAAAACGCAUCAGACGUCGGUGGAUCGAGGAUUCACGAUUAUGAUACAGCACUGCAGCUACAUUUGGAAACUAGAGAGAACAUGGAGGGGAUAGGUGAUUACGUAUGUCUCGUGUGUGGAUCACAUCUCACAGUUCCAGCUUUCAGCUCUCCUUGAGGGACUUCAGUAUGAAUCGGGACGGUUGAGUAGUAUCCACGAUGAUGAGGUUCGUCAUACUCUUGUUCUUCUGCGGCGCGAUCGCUGGUAGUAACGACACCUUGAGCAACGUAAUCCCCAGCGACGAGCUACUGGAUUUAGAAGAGCAGAACGAGGAGAAUAGACUCGCAAAUAAUAGAACUCUGAACGAAAUAUACGAGGAUGCUGUGAACGCUUAUCUGGACGAAGACUGGGUCCGUUGCAUUCAAGACUUCAACACAGUUUCUCAUGGAUACAAGGCCUACAAGCGAAUGAUAACAAAUUGUAGACGAAAAUGCCGUAUGAAAGCUGAAGGUACACCACCGAUUUUUCCACAAAACAUCGAGGAUUUACACUUUUAUGAAAAAAAGAUCAAAGAGACACUGUGUCUCUUAACGUGCAAUAACGAAUAUCGGGAGAUCGUUGGCUCGAAUGUGCUGAAGAUGUUACCACGUGAAACUGAACAGAAAUUGUUGAACAAUGGUAUAUAUGAAUACCUGCAUAUUUGCUACUAUCAGACACAUCGAUAUCAAGACGCAGCCAACGCGCUAUUUACCUAUCUAGUCGUACAUUCUAAUCAUGAGGUGAAUCUGAAUCUUUUCAAACGCUAUUUAACACUGCCAGGUGUGGAAGAGGAGAAGGUGGUAAAUCUAGAAACACCGACUUAUGUCAGCGUUUACUUCAAAGGUGUCUCAGCUUAUGAAAACGGAGAUUAUGCAGAAGCCGUCGGUCUGUUCGAGACAUCGUUACGAUCGUACUUAGAAGCCGAGGAGGAAUGUAGAUUUUACUGCGAAGGUCCUUUUGACCAGGGUUGGCAUCCAGAAUUUACUUCCUCCAUCGCAAAUCAUUUUACGUACUGUUUGAAGUGCAAACGAUCGUGUUCGCGUAUGUUAAACAAUAUAAAUGGCGAUUACCGCAGACACAUGUUCAGAAGUCAUUACGAUUAUUUGCAGUUCUCUUAUUACAAAUUGGGAAACUUAAAAGCAGCCUGUGCCGCUGUAGGAAGUUUCUUGCUCUUUGAUCCGGUGGAUAAAACGAUGCUGCAAAACAAAGAAUACUAUAACGCUCAGCCAAAAGUCAAGGUUGAUUAUUUUUCUCCGAGAGAGGACGCUAUCAAUUACGUAAAAAGACAGGAAUACGAAUUGAACCUGCUGCAUUACAUUUCUAAUGAAUUUUCGGUUAUAAAUGAGAAAUUCCAGAAGAUAAAAAAAGAGAAACAGGACAAUGAAACGAAUAAUACCGAAAAGAAAGAGCCGAGAAAGAUAUCAGAUACAGAAGCAAUACUGCACCCACCACCUGGUUAUUCGUUGUUUUAUUACACGAAAUUAUCAAACAAUUUUUCAAUGAAACGACUCGAGGACCACAAAAUACACGAUAAAAGAUAUUUUGAGGCCAAAAACGAUAUCUAUUUAAAAGAAGAGGAUCUUGGUGGGCAAAAUCGUUAUGUCGCUGAUGGUUUCCUUAAUUCCACUGAGUGUGAAUCUAUGAUGCAGUUCGCUACUAUGACUGCGGUAGAAGGAGAUGGUUACAGUGAAAAUAAAAGUCCACAUUCAAAAUAUGAAAAGUUUGAGGGAAUAACUGUUGGGCGAGCGGCUUUGAUGGUAUACUUUGGACAAAUAAAACCAGAAUGGUUGGAAUUGCUUUUAGAAAAGACCGAACAAGUCCGGGACCAUGUGGAAAGGUAUUUCGGACUAAAUCAUCGACAUCUGUAUUUCACCUACACUCAUUUGGUCUGCCGCACAGCUCUACCCGAUUCGCCGGUGAAUCGAGACGAUCUGAGUCAUCAAGUUCACGCGGAUAAUUGCCUAUUGAAGGAUAGAGAUGUCUGUCUUCGCGAGAGUCCAGCUUAUAUUUGGAGAGACUACUCUGCGAUUUUGUAUCUGAAUGACGAUUUUCAAGGUGGUGAAUUCUUUUUCGCCGAAGAUCGCGUUGUUCGAACAACGGAUAACGUUGUUUCACCACGUUGCGGACGAAUUGUGGCCUUUUCUGCUGGUAAAGAAAAUCUCCAUGGAGUUCGUGGUAUUUUACGAGGUAAGAGAUGCGCUUUGGCGCUAUGGUUCACUCAGGACAAGAAAUAUCUUGAGUACGAGAGAGUAUUGGCAUCGGCAAUCUUGAAAAGAGUUCAACGAGUAGGACCUUUUGAGGGAAAGGACAUCCAAGUGCCUCCGAAGUACGAGGAUAUGCUUAUCCAAUAUAUGCACAGCGAUGAAUUACUGAAACAUUUUUUGAAAAGUUCUCUAUAAGAGAAGUACGAAUGGUUGUGAAGGAUAGUUACAAUACCGUGUUACAAUUUCACAAGUUCUACAGGAGAAGAAUAAUUUAAAGAGUAAUAUAUGUAUUUUUAUGGUUAGUAAAAUCUGACCUAAUAUCCAAACUGGGACCUGAGAAGAUGCAUUAAUAGUCAUUAACAAAAACAGUGAAUCCUAGUAAACAUACGUUGAAUUAUAAAUUCUCAGUUUCUCUGUACUUAUAACGGAGUCGCUUAUUGAAAUUAUGUACCUUAUCAGUAUCGAACAGUAGGCUCUUUCGAAUAAAAUGUCGACGGUAAAUUGCUUAACAUUAGUAUGAUUGCUUAUAUAAAUUCCGAGCAAGUUAUUUUUACAUUACAUUAUAUAUACAUUAUAUAUAUAUAAUACAUGAAAUUUAUUUUAUAAUAAGGAUGGUAUAGAACUUGCAAGAGAUCUAUACAAGUGUUUUGUACCGAUUAUAAUGAAAUCAAUUCGCAACACUCGAUGUA